CGUCAUACGUCACGCCAACACGGAAAUAAAUCUGAAACAUGUCGAUGACAGGCAACGGCUACAAACCUGUGAGUCAUGUCAUAUUUGACAUGGAUGGAUUGCUAUUAGACACGGAGCGCCUGUACUCUGUGUCCUUCCAGGAGGUGUGUGACCGGUUUGGAAAGAAAUACACAUGGGGAGUGAAGUCCAAAGUGAUGGGCGCAAAGGCUUUGGAGGCGGCUCAAAUUAUUCGUGACACUUUGGACCUUCCGAUUACAGCAGAGGAGCUACUUUUUGAAACCAGACAAAUACAGGAGAGGAUAUUUCCUUCAGCCAAACUCAUGCCAGGUGUGGAAAAGUUGGUGAACCAUUUGAAGAGACAUGGGAUCCCCAUUGCUGUAGCGACUAGCUCAGCUGCUGUGACGUUUAAUUUGAAGACAAGCCAGCACAAAGAUUUCUUUGCUUUGUUCAACCACAUUGUCCUGGGAGAUGAUCCUGAAGUAAAGAAUUCCAAGCCAAAGCCUGACUCCUUCCUGGUUUGUGCCAGCAGAUUCAAGCCACCAGCUUCUCCAGAUACUUGCUUGGUAUUUGAGGAUGCUCCCAACGGUGUGAAGGCAGCCCUGGCAGCGGGUAUGCAGGUGGUGAUGGUUCCAGAUGAGAACUUGGACCCAGUUCUGACUCAUGGCGCCACUCUGAGACUCAGGAACAUGGAGGAAUUUGAUCCGCAACUCUUUGGCCUACCAGCGUUUUGCUGAAACUCAGGAACCAAGAAACGGUGGAGUUAGUUAUAUUUUAAAAUUUCAAUAAAAUUCCUAGGAAAUCACAAUAUUCCGUUCCUAGCUAUCUCUGUUAAGACCAGGCCGGUGGGCUCCCCUUGUGAUCAUGUUUAAGGUUGGUGCUCAAUGAUGUUAAUUAAUUUUAAGUUAACUCUUUAACCUCAAACUCUUCGUCAGUAGGUAAAUUGUCUUAUGCAAAAUGUUCUUUUUAAUUGCUCAUAUACGGAACAUACUAGUAUAGCCAGGACUCUAGCGUGUCUGCCCACCUGGAAGGUGCCAAAUUAAUAAACCAAGUUAACCUUUUGUGACAUGCCUUUUUCUGACUUUUUCUUUUUCUGCGAACCACUAAUUAAGAAUUUGACCAGAUUUAUGUAUGACUGUGAUUGAUCUACAUCAUUCUGCCUAUACCGAUUUACUCUUGGUAUCUAGGCUGGGUGAAGGUAUGCCAUAUGUACUAAUCCAAGCGGCCAUUGUACUGUAGCUGUGCCGCUAGACGAAUAGAAUAGAAUGGAAUACCUUUAUUGCCAUUGUACACCAAAAACAAAAGGUAAGCAGACCUGCAUUGUGUUUUAUUAGUCAUUUUGAUUUGAUUUGAUUUGAUUAGUUGGAUAUUAAGAUGGUUUGCUUCUGAUUAGCACCACAGCUUAUUGCUCAAUGAAGUAGUCAGUGCUGUGGGGAAAGUAUUGGGGGAUAUUUCUUUAUGACACAAUGGCACAAGCCAAUUGCAUUUGUACACAAAUUGACAAGUUUAAUUAAGUGUUUUUGUGAUGAAGUGCUGCCUUAGCAAGAGAAAAUAUAACCAAGUGUUCAUUUUGGUUCUCGCAUGUGCUCCACUGUUCAAUCUCGUUAAAUUCAAAUCUCAAAAUGCACCCCCUGAGCUCCGCCUUUAGUUGUCAUGGUAAUAAAGUGCACAUACAGUGAUUCCUCGUUUUUCUUGGUUAAUAGGGAUCAGAACUUCCCGCAAAAAGUAAAAAACGCGAAGUAGCGCCCCCCCCCUCAAAAAAAAAAUUAACCUGUCUUGUUCAGCUGCUUAGACAAGCAGAAUAAAUUAUUUUUGUGUGUGAACAGUACAUGCAUAUUUUUUGUGUAUACAGUAGUUAGAAACAUGAAAUAAUAUAUUAAUAUAAGUACCUUAACAUGCAUUAAAAUACUGUAUCAAUAAGAUAAAACGUACUCACCACAUUGAUGAUCUUGAUAAAUGAUGAUGAAUAAACGGCACCAAUCGCAAACACCAUCAAUAUGUUUACUGAAUUCGAUGGCUCUGACCAUGUUGUCAUCGAUUUCUUAAGCCCUUUGUUGCAGAGCCCGUGCCAUUGUGCAGAAUUCUUGCAGGUUGUCCAAGGUAAGGCCACGUUCUUAAGCUUUGUUGUCAUCACCAUCCUCUUUUUUCCUCACCUGCUUACUUUGUCAUUCUUCAUCGGUUAGGAGCUCCAAGUGGCACUCGAUCCGUGUGUUGACGUCCUCCGUCGUUAUGUCGGUGAACCCUUCGGUGGCUAACAACUGAGCCAUACUCACAGCCUUCUUUACAGCGGAGUGGUGACUUCGUAACGUAAUGCUGUGAAGGCCAAACCUCUUUUUGAAUUUUUUGAACCAGCCCUUGCUGGCAACAAAACCACAAUUUUCUUGUGUGUUGGGAUCACUCAAGGCACUGGUACUAGGCUUUAUCUUUGUCAUCAUCACCGCCACCUUCGUCGUAUUCGUUCAGCUCUCCUAGGGUAUCAUAAUGCGCUUUGGCUUUUUACCGAAUCAUUUUGGUAUCAAGACUCACCUUACUCCUCACCGACAAUCCGAUAUCCACACUAUUAGUGCAUUUUCCAUUAUUACGCAAUGGACUGAGUGCGCAAAGUUUAAAGCGCAACGUAGCGAGGGAUCAUGUACAGGAUUCGAUGGGUUGUUGCUCAUUUGAAAAAGAUGAGCCAGUAUCAACAAGAAAAUAAAGUGACCUACUUGACCGAUGAAAUUAAAAAACAAAACGAAAAUUUCAUUGUUAUUGAGGGUCGCUCUUGUAUUAACUAGCAUUAGAGUCAUAAUUUCUUAAGCAUAAUGGCUCAAUGACAACAUCACUGAGCAUCCAUUUGCAAAAUCUAAGGGUAGUGCAAUUUCUAGUUUGAAUGUGCCAUCAUCUGGAAAAAUUGUUAAAUAUUUUUUUCCUCAAACUAAUCUUCAUAGCAGCAUUUGACCUUGGUGGAGGGCUGCAAUUUGAGCUAGACUGUAAUGCAGUCUGCCUUGCUCUUCGACACUGAGUUGAAGUGGCCUUAUUGAAAUGCCAAUAACACUGCUCCUGUCUUUAGUGUAAUCCAGUAAAGAGACUGCAAUUUGUCCUCAGUCUUUCAUCUCUGCUUGUCUGCCCAGCCCCACCCCAUGCAGGCUUUUACUGCUUGGUCUGCUCCAGGAGCUUCCAGGGGCCAUGGUGCCCUUCAGCUUUCUGAAAUAGAAUUUGCUGCACUUCCAUCCCAUUUCAACCUAUAGUCCCCAAGGUGGUCUAAUCAUCCCAGCUGCUUUUUCACCUCAUUUCCUGCUCACAAUCAAAGAGCAAUACAUAUCACACUGUAAUUUUACAUGUCAUUUACUUUUUCCUCUAAGCAUCACACAUCCUGGCCAAUGCAUGUCUGAAUGAUUUCAGAGUCAAAAGGGGUCUAAUUUUGGAAACGUUUGUUAAAAGUAUUGCCUUACUUCAGCUUGAAUACUGUACCUACUCCCAAUGAUCUGAAAUCUAUGCUUUUGAAUACAGAACUUGUCUGACACCUAAACAGUGCUUUGUUUUACAGAGCAAUGUGAUUAACAAUAAGAAUGUGCAAAGUGAAAUUAUAAUAAAGCAUCUUACAAGUUAUGAUGAUAUUGAAGUGUGCAAUUCAAUUUUCAGAAACAAAUGUGGCCUUCUUGGAUGUAGGAGACUAGAGUUACACCUAUUUUAUGUGUUGGAUGCGUAUCUUUUUAGAUGCUUUUUAUUACUUUAAUAACAAUCUUUUUUAAUGAAUGAAUGCCUGAAGUCUGAUGCCAUUGAGAUUCCCAAAUUCCUCGUUAAAGGUACUGUAAAAUGGUAGUCAACAUCAAUAAAUUAUUUGUUUGGACCAAAGAAAAGAGGGUUUUGAACGAGCCAGACAAAUUUGAAUGAAUAGAAAUAUUCCAAAGUAUAUGUAAUAAGCUUCAAAAUGGGGAAAAUAAGGCUGUCUGCUGACUUUGGUGAAUGUGGUGAAGUCCCAUCUGUCAAUCUACUUUGUACUGUUUGUUUACUUUUUCUCUACUUGUUACGAUGAAGAAAAUUGAGGUUAUUUUGUCAAUUUUUUCCCCUUUUGUCUACACAAUUCAUCUACCAUGUCAAUGAGGGGUUGAGAGCGUGUAUGCAUGGGGAAGCAUCUCUGGCUGCAGUUUCAACUCAAGCCUCACUCAGUUUCAACUCAAGCCUCACUCCCACCGCCAUGCCAGCCCGUGCUUCGAGGAACCAGCUGUUUGGUGAUGGUGAAAUUAGCCCCAUCUACGCUC